UCGGAGGAAAGAAGGACGGAAGGAAAGGAGAGAGAAAGGGAGUGCCUGGGCAGCACUGCAACAGCUGCAACUGCAGCAGCCUGUCAGGAGGAAAGAGGGAGAGAAGGAGACAGAGGGAAGAGAGGAAGGCUGCAGGAUUGCCUGUAGAGGUUUUUUUAUGUAUGCUUUUGCACAAGGAAGGAGCUGAUACGGAAGCCUUUUUUUUCUCCCUUGCUGAUGCUUCUCUAUAUGGUCUCAUGCAGGAGGCAUGCUUGGAAAUAGUGUGAGAGGCAGAGAAGGAGAUUUGAAGAUGGAAAGGACGGAUAGCACAAAGGCAUACGGCCAAGCAGAUGGCAAAGGAGUUGGUAUGGCUGCUAAGAGAGCAAAGUCCGGAGUACCCCAGAGCUCCCAGAGGGGUGAGCUGAAGGUUUACCGCGCGGGGAGCUCUGACGGCAGGAUACCACUGCCCUCCAGUCUCCGGAAGCAGAGGUCUAUGACAAACCUGGCGGUCCUCACUGAUGCUGAGAAGAAGUUGCACCUCUAUGAGCCCAAGUGGUGUGAUGACAUGGCCAAGACCGGAGCAGGGCAGAGCAAGAUGGGCAAGCCAAAGACAGCAGGGGGGGGCAGCAGUGCCGGAGGGGGUGCCCCUCUCUCAAGAAACCUUUCCAAAUCUGAGCACUCACUGUUCCAGGGCAAACCUAAGCCCUUCAGCCCUCUGGCUGCUCCAUCUGCUCUGAACAAGCAGAGCCGCAUACCGCGUGCCCCUUACGCUGAGGUGAAGCCCCUGAGCAAGGCACCUGAGGAUGGGAAGUCAGAUGACGAGAUCCUCUCCAGCAAGGCCAAGGCCAAGAAGCAGGGAGCUGGAGCCGGGGGGGAGUCUGGGUCCAAAGGCCAUGGGGAGGAAGGUGGAGACAAGAACUUCCUGAAGGUGGACCCAGAACUGGUGGUGACAGUGCUGGGCGACCUGGAGCAGCUGCUCUUCAGUCAGAUUUUAGACCCCGAGUCCCAGAGGAAGCGGACCGUGCAGAAUGUCCUUGACCUUCGCCAGAAUUUGGAGGAUACAAUGACGAGUCUGCGGGGAUCCCAGCUAAGUCAUAGCUGUAUGGACAGCAGUAAUGUGGGCUAUGACAGCGAUGAGACCAACGCUCGCAGCAUAUCAAGCAUGUCCAACCGCUCCUCGCCUCUCUCCUGGCGCCACGGCCAGUCCAGCCCUCGUCUCCAAGCGGGAGAGGCCCCCUCCUCCACGGGCGGGGGGUACCAGGGGAGUAAGAGCUGCUCCCAGUACACGGCGCAGACGAUGCCCGCCCGCUGCUCCAGCCGCCUCAACAGCACGUCUCGCAUCGAGCUCAUCGAGGGGUUGGACGACCUCAAGUCUGGUUACCUGAGUGACAGCGACCUCCUUGGAAAGAGCCUGCCGGAUGACGACGACAACCUGGCUAAUGGCUGGGAUGAGAGCAGCUCCAUCAGCAGUGGGCUCAGCGACGGUGAAGGCGAUGGCUCCGAGAACCUCAGUUCAGAGGAGUUCAACGUCAGCUCCUCCCUUAACUCCCUCCCCACUACACCCCUGGGAUCCAGAUGCAACUCUUCUGCCAUGCUCCGCACUGAUGCAGAGAAGCGCUCCCUGGUGGAAAGCGGACUCUCGUGGUACAGCGAGGAUCACAAAGCCGGCCACAAGCUGGACAGUGGCAGCUAUGAGACCGGUAGCCUCAAGACGGAGGCCCCGAGCAAGUGGAGGAAGAAGCCUCCGAGCCUCAGUGAAGAUUUUGGGUGUAAGGGAGAACUGAAGAAGCCCCAAAGCUUGGGUCAACCAGGAAGUUUCAGGAAGGGUCGCAAUCCUCCUGUAGGUGUGACCUCCCCCAUCACCCACACCUCUCAGAGCACAUUGAAAGUCGCAGCACCUAAAUGUGAGAAGCCAAUGGAUAAAUCCAGGAUUUCCCUCAAAACUGCCGGUCUGCAGCGGUCCCGCUCAGACGCUGGCAAGGAUCAGCUUGGAGAGUACCGCAAGCCCCCGUCAGGUUUAGUUAAACCCACAGCCGGAGCCUCCUACGGCUACAAGAAACAUCCAACAGCCACCGGCACCGCCACUGUUAUGACAGCAGGGGGCACCACCAUCUCCAGUGGCUCUGCUACUCUGGGCAAAAUCCCCAAGUCAUCUGGCAUCCCCGUGAAGCCUGUGGGAGGAGGGACACCCUCAGGAAGAAAGAACAGUUUUGAUGCCAGCAGUGAGCAGUGCUUCCUGGGGCCAAACACUCGAAACAGCAUUCAGUACCGCAGCCUGCCUCGACCGGCCAAGUCCAGCACGUUCAGUGUGAUUGGUCGCCCUGCAUCUCGGCCUCUCAGCGGCACCAUCGACCCCAGCCUGUUGAGUUUGAAACCCGUGCCCAUGGCCUCCACAGGCCCCAGGAUUAAAGAGCCCAGUAGCUGUAAGAUGUCCAGUCGAUCGAGCACAGGCCCCGUGAACAUGACCGACCGGGAGAAGGAGAAGGAGAGAGCCAAGGCCAAGGCUGUGGGGGCCGACAUGGACUGUGGGUCUCUGAAAGCAGAGACUCGGUCCUCAGGAGAGUCCACCAUGAAACUGCACGGUCUGAGACGGACCAGCAGCAGCAAAUACCCUGAACUGUCAUCUCCCACCACACCAAGGAUGAUGAACACAAAGUCUCUGGGCCGUCCACCCAGCUUGGCUCACCUUGACAAGGUCAACUACAACAGCCUUGACUCCUGUGUGACCAUCCAUGACCUCCCGCCAAAAGUCCCCCCUUAUUCCAAGCUGCAGGACCUGGCUGGUGCCCACACCUCGUCCCGCCUCACCCCCAGCCCAGCCCCUGUGCUCCACAUCGACUCCCCCGGCUCCUACACCAGUGAGAGCCUGAGUCUGGGCGGCUCCCCGCUGCUCUACCCCAAGCUGUCAGGCAUGCACCGCAGCAUGGAGUCCCUGCCCCUCCAGAUGAGCGUGCCUCCCAGUUCCAGGUUUGUCAGAACUGAGACGCAAGACAAGGAAGAGAGGGGAGCGGGAACCUGGGGGGCCGGAAGCAGGACCUCCAUCAACCUCACAGAUAGCUUGCAAGCGGACAGAAAUACCUUGCCGAAGAAAGGCGUGGAACGCUAUGGCUCAAGCCUGUCAGACACUGACGGCAAACCGGAGAGGCGCCAUUCCCACACCAUAGUCAGCAUGACAGAGAGCGACAGCCCCCCUCAGCUGCCUUCUCCCACCCGCCCUCUCCACCCCUCCUCCGGCAAGGCUCCUCUCACCAACGUGGUUGCCCCCAUUUCUAGUGGCACCCCGAGGAUAUCGCGCUCCAACAGCAUAGGCCCCCCCGGUGAGUUGGCUUGCGAUCUCUAUGGAACCUCCCCCCUGGGCAGCAGCAUUUCCCUGGCUGACCGGCCAAAGAGCAUGAUGCGUUGUGGGUCUUUCCGCGAACCAGGAGAUGAUGUGCAUGGCUCUGUGCUCUCUCUGGCGUCCAAUGCUUCAUCCAACUAUUCGGCGAAUGAGGAGAGGAUACAAGGGGAGCAAAUCCGCAAGUUGAGGCGAGAGCUGGAGUCUUCCCAGGAAAAGGUUGCAGACCUGACCAUGCAGCUGAGCGCCAACCUAGGACAGGCUAAUCUGGUAGCAGCAUUUGAACAGAGUUUAGCGCUGAUGACGGCGCGCCUGCAGACCCUCUCUGUCUCCUCGGAGCAAAAGAUCCCGUCAGAGAAUGAGCAGCUUCCAGGGGACAUAGGGGUUCUGGAAAUGAGUUGUGGGUCAAAGGACUCCGAGCUCACUGAUCUGAAGGAUACCAUCGAGGUUCUGAGGGUCAAAAACUCAGAGGCCCAGGAAAUCAUUCAGGUGGCUCUCAAUACUCCAGAAAUUGCACCUAAAGAAAUGCCGAUCAAUCGCCAGAACUCCUCAGAAAGCAUCUCCAGCCUGGCCAGCACCUCCAGCCACUCCAGUAUGGGCAGUCUGAAGGAGCAGGAGGCCAAGAAGAAGAAGAAGAAGAGCUGGGUCUUUGAGUUGCGCAGCUCCUUCAACAAAGCCUUUAGUAAGAAGGGCUCCAAGCAGUCAGGGCCAUACGCUGACAUUGAGGAAAUUUCCACCCCAGAAUCCUCUGCACCUUCCUCCCCCAAAGUGCACUAUGGUGGAGACAAAACCUCAUUGUCAAUGAAAUCCUCAGCCUCUGCAUCAUCGUCAGGACUCUGUGAGGAAGGCGAGGAAGGCGAGGAAGGCGAGGAGGGCGAAGAGGGCGAUGAGGGCGAUGAGGGUGAUGAGGGCGAUGAAAAGGUUGUAACAGGACUGCGCACAGAGCUGUGGGAAAAGGAGCGCAAACUGACAGACAUCCGGCUGGAGGCUCUGAGCUCGGCCCAUCAGCUGGAGCAGCUGCAGGACGCCAUGAGCAGCAUGCAGUCAACAGUGGAGAACCUGAAGGCCGAGAACGACCAUCUGAAGACAGGCAGUCUGUCCCCCUGUCCGUCUCCGGGCCCCUCCAGCUCCGUCUCCCAGUCCUCAGGUCUCACUGCUCUGGGAAGUUCAUCACCUCGGCAGUCCGUAGCCAUGCACAUGCCCAAAAGCUACAGCAGAGGGCUGAGUGAGGGGGGCAGCUCAGACCUUUACUCUGCAGAUACCCUCAGUCUCUCCUCACAGAGGGAUGAUCACCGUGUUAGGGUGGUGAUAUGUGUUGCAGAUUUACGCGUCUUCAAAGAUGAGGUUAAGCAGCAGGAUUUCUUCGUCGGGACGGUCCGGGUGAACGGCCGGAUGGACUGGCCCAUGCUGGACUCGGCUGUCAGCCAGGCCUUCAAGGUGUACAUUGCCAAGGUGGACCCCAAUUCUAGUGUGGGCCUCUCUACAGACUCAAUCUACAGUUACAGCAUGGGCCACAUUAAGAGAGUGCUGGGAGGAGAAGUUCCAGAGACGCAGCCCUCUCGCUGCAUGUCCCGAGGCCCCAGCAGCAUCACAGUGGCCCUGAAAGGUUUGAAGGAGAAGUGUGUGGACAGCCUUGUUUUCGAAACCCUCAUUCCCAAACCCAUGAUGCAACACUACAUCAGUCUGCUGCUCAAACACCGCCGCCUCAUCCUCUCUGGUCCGAGCGGGACGGGUAAGAGCUACCUGGCCUCCCGGCUGGCUGAGUACCUGGUGGACCGCAGCGCCCGCGAGGUCACCGACGGCAUCGUGAUGACCUUCAACAUGCACCGCCAGUCCUGCAAGGAUCUACAGCUUUAUCUUUCCAACCUGGCCAAUCAAAUCGAUCGGGAAAGCAGCGUGUCAGAAAUACCGCUGGUCGUUAUUCUGGAUGAUAUUCAUGCGCCUGGUUCACUCAGCGAACUUGUAAACGGGGCUCUCACCUGCAAAUAUCACAAAUGUCCUUACAUUAUUGGAACAAGCAACCAGCCGGUGAAGAUGAUACCGAACAAUGGCCUCCAUCUCAGCUUCAGGAUGGUGACCUUCUCCAACAACGUGGAGCCGGCCAAUGGCUUCCUGGUGCGCUAUCUGCACAGGAAGCUGAUGGAGUCGGAGGAUGAGAAGAACUUGACCAACGAGGACCUGAUCAGGGUGUUGGACUGGGUGCCCAAACUGUGGUAUCACCUGCACGCCUUCCUGGAGAAGCACAGCACGUCCGACUUCCUUAUCGGCCCCUGCUUCUUCCUGUCGUGUCCUGUCACGGUUGAUGAGUUUCGAUCGUGGUUCAUUGACCUUUGGAACCACUCUAUUAUUCCUUACCUUCAAGAGGGGGCCAAGGACGGCAUCAAGGUCCACGGGCAGAAAGCAGUAUGGGAGGACCCGGUGGAGUGGGUGAGGGGCACGCUGCCUUGGCCGUCUGCCCAGCAGGACCAGGCCAAGCUGUUCCACUUGCCCCCCCCCAGCAUCAGCUCCAGCAGCCCCGGGCAGCCCUGCGAGGAGAGGCCUCACAAGGAGACUCCACCCAGCUCCAUGGAAUCUGAUCCACUGAUGGCAAUGCUUUUGAAACUUCAAGAGGCCGCCAAUUACAUUGAGUCCCCAGACAAAGAAGACCCUAGUCUGCCUAAACUUUGAACACAACGUUUUCACUCAGCACUUCAAAUGUACAGGUUUUUUUUUGUUGUGUCCACUGUGACGCAGUGCACGUUCAGGAACAAACAAUCCCACAGAAAGGUCAUUCCCACAGUAGGUUGAAAGUAUAACUGGAAAAUUCCAAAUCCUUUUAUUACAUACAGUAUUUUCAAACGACUGUUCAUACGUAUUGAAUGAAACACUAUAUUGUAUUCCUUUAGUGUAUAGUUGACUGGAUGACAUUCACUUUAGUUCCCUUUACCAACACAUUAGCACUCAUUACCCUUAGGUGCUAAUAGAUCACUAAUUGUCUCAGUGUUUAGACUUCAGGUGAUUUCUGCAACAGCAUACAUGCAUCAUGGGAUAUGUAGUGUUUGUCAACAGGAGAUAUCAUCAAUCAUGGUGACUCAUUUUGGAAAAGAGUAUGACAGCAUGACAGAUGCUACUAUUUAUUGCACAGUUAUUUGGUACAUAUCUACUGUAUGAGUCUUUGAAGGCCAAAAUCGUAUACAUAUGCAAUGUUAACUUAGCAACCAGAGCAGGUGAAACGGUUCAAAUGCCUUAACAACAAAGACGUCACCUCAAUUUCAGCAGAGGAUACCGGUGCUUUUAUAAGAUAUCAUCCCAGCUAAAAAGGUCAGGAAUCAGUUAUUUCUUCAACUUUCUACACCAUCAUCUUUUUUUACAAUAUAAAAUUAUAAGACAUUAUAGGACCAAUUAUUAGUAUACUUUUUUCACGUAGUUUAACAUCUUCUUUAUCAGUUAAAUGGCUUUAAGUUUUUUUUUAAAUAUACUUGCUGUCAUACUCUUUUUGCUUAAAACAAACCUAUUUAUUAGUGAUGUGAGUUUUGUCGCUGCGCAGUACCAUACUAUAUUUUUCAAGCACUUAAUUUAGCUUUAUGAAGUGUCACCAAUGUUGCCAUGUAUAUCAGGUAUUAGAUACUUAUUACACAGGGAUAACACAACAAACACUCUUUGAUUAAACAGAUUUAGCAAAAACUAUUUGAAUCUAAACCAGAUUUUUUUAUAGGAAAGAGUACAUUUGUUUCAAAUCUUUUCCCCCAUAUUCAGAGUAGCUAGUGUAUAUAUGAUGUAAAUACAAUCAGACUACAUCACAGCUAUUUAAUCUAUAUUAGUUGGUGCAAAUAUCUAGUAUACUGAACCAAAUACUGUUCUUUAAUCAUGCUUCUCGACUGUCAUGGUAGUGGUUUAAGUUCAACUCUGAAUGUAGAGAAAACACGUAUACAAAUUGAACAUCAUCUAUCAUCUUUUAGGUGCUUUUAAAAGAAGCCUUAUCACAAAGCUCCACUGCAACACCAUGUCUGAGUAGAGUGACUUUAAAGCUACCUAGGCCCAUUUUCAGAUUUAAUGUCAUUAUCAUCAUUAAGUUACAUAUGGUGCUCUUGAACAACGUCCCAAAUUGCUUUAGUGUUGAAUAAAGAUCACAUAGACUUUUCAGGGUAGGUUAAAAAAAGUGUUGUGUGUCCUACAGUAGAACUUUCAAACACUUAGGUCAUGUGAAAAAGACCUUGAAGAUAAUUUGGAUAUGUUGAAGACAUUACGUAGAGAUAGUCAAGUCAUGUGUGACAUUGUAUGGUACAUCCAUGUUGGUGUCAAAGUGAAACUGGAGAGUAGUUGUUCCAAGGCCAAAAGGAAAAGAUUUAAACACUUUUUAAGGUACUUUGUGUAGAUUUUGUAUGUAAAAGAUAAGCCCUAAUGGAGUAAUGGCAGACAGUAGUUGUGCAAGUGUUGUCAAAACAUUUCACCUGUUCAUUUCAUUUUAGGUGCUCAGACUUAACUUCACAUGUACAUAAAUCCUGUAAAUGAAUGUCAGACCACUUUUAUGACAGCUCAAUAAGAAAGUUAAACAUUUUAAAUGCUAUCUGAGCUGCUUUUUGCUUUAUUCUUGCACAGUUAGGCUGAUAACAAAACUUCAAGCUAAUCUGCACCUCUGAUUGGUCUCAAAAGAAAUGAAUGAAUUAAGGACAAGGAGCGAAAAGAUGCCAAAUGGACAGUGAUCCUCAAACUGGUCACAUGGGACUAAUGUCAGUUACUGUAAAUAUUUCAGGUGUUAGACACAACCAGCCCUGGUCUGUUUCUGCAGGUUCCUAAAGCCAUCAACUCGAGCUUCUCAUCUCAUUCACUUGUUGUUGUGCCUGUUGCUCUGUAGUAGCUGUUAAUUGUGUUCGCUUACUAGUGUAUCAGGACUAUGCAGCAACUUCAGGUCUGUCUUUGAGUUUUCAUUUGGACCAAAUUGCACCACAGGACAAAAGUGAAAGCUUGUAUUAAGCAGGAGCCUUAAAGAGAGGACGAUGGUUUGGCGUUGCAUUGAAAACAGGGUAGAUGUACGUAGGUAAAGAAAUUAAGCAGUUUGGAAGCUGUGAUGUGUGUUUUGUCCUUGAUGAAUGGCAACACAAGUGUCAUAACUGGACUUAUAAAUGGUCAAAUGACGAUAAACAAUGAAACAAAAAGGUUUAAAAAUCGAAUUAUGAGACUGAAAUCAGCACUUCACUGUUUGAAUAGUUAAUUGUAUGUAGAAUCAGACCAGAAGGCCAAUACAGGUUGCUGAAUAGUCAUAUUUUUGCAAAAGCUUGUUGUGGACUAAGAUAAAAAAAAAAAAAAUGUAUGCAGUAUCUAAUGUCACUGACGUGGAAAUGUCAAGGGUUCCUAAGUGUUGUAAAUGCAUGUAAACUUGCUGUGUGAUGAGAAAAAAAAGUUAACAAUAAUGUAGGCUAUUGUUUAGGAAAUUCAUGCUAGAUAAUGUUUUCCUUUGUAAUACUCAAAAUAUUUGAUAUUUCUUUCCUUCUUUUUCUAAAGAAUCCUUUGUAAAACUUAAUUUCUCUAUUUUGUACAGGGCAUCAUUGUAAAGAUUGUAAAUAGAGCAGCAUUCUGGAUGCGGCAACAAUCAUUGAGGAGGGGAAACAAACAAAAAAUCAUCCUUGAGAAAAAUGUUUAUUUCUUCAGAGUUGGGUCCAAAACAUGAAUAAGGCAUGUUUCUGAAGGCUUUCAUCCACCUAUCACUGGUCGUUGGAAUCAAUAAAAUACAUGUUAUAUUUA